CGUUGUCAUCAUUAGGCAUUCCAUCUUUUCGACCUGGUUGUUCGUGAUCAUAAAUUCUAUCAUCAUCGGGCGAAGAGCAGCGAUCUGUCCGAGGGUCCAACAGGGAAAGGCAUCAUGGCUCUUGACAUCUACACCACACUAUCCAUCGUCACCACCAUCCUCAUCUUAUCGUGUCAUGGUCGUGAGCUCACCAAACGCCAGGCCGAGGAAGACGCCUCGGCAUCGACGACCACGGGUCCGAUCAAGUCCUUCAAGCGGUUCAACGUGACCGAGAACGAGGCCGAGAAAGAGGAACUACCGUCCGGCUUCGGCGACUACAACUUCGCCGGAUACGAAAACGACGAUAUCGUGGAAAGACACAACUUGCUUCGACGACGACCAGCGGCAAGGAACGACUUUGAAAGGAACGAUCCCAAUGCGAUUACGUCUUCAGAUAUGGAGCACAUGACUUGGGAUGAGGAUCUGGCCUACAUGGCUAUGGGGUGGGCCAGGUACUGCAAUUUUGCUCACGGCCAACCCGAGAACGUCUCCCCAUACAGUACAAUAGGCCAGAACCUCUGGGCCUAUACAGGGAACUCGAGAACACCACUUUCUGGAGCCGAUGCGACACAGGACUGGUACGAUGAGGUGACUGAUUACAACUACCAACCUGGCUCCGGUGGUUCCUGCGGCCGAGUGUGCGGUCACUAUACACAGGUGGUAUGGGCCGCUACCAACAAGGUUGGUUGUGGACGGAUGUUCUGUCCCUCUCUUGGUAGCACGGGACUUAGAGACGCAUGGUAUGUCGUUUGCAACUAUGCCCCUGGAGGAAACUAUCAAGGUGUCCAACCAUAUGCUAUCGGAGAACCCUGUACUAGUUGUGCCAGCGGGUCGGGGCAAUGCUAUAAUGGGCAAUGCAGGUCAUGUGCAGAACAUAACGACGUUUGUGAGUGUUCCCUAGAUUCAUGUGAGAACUGCGGUGUUGUGGACCGAUCAACGUGUACCUGUAACUGCCCUGAUGGUUUCUUUGGAACUACCUGUCAAGAGCGAUGUGUGGAUACAUCCAGCCGGUGCUAUAAUACAUGGUGGCCCCAGUUCUGUGCCGAUUACCCGCAGGUUAGGGAGGGGUGCCCUCAGAUGUGCGGCAUAUGCAAUGCCGCAGACCCGGACUUCGUUUGCCGUCCCGGUCCAGAACCACCUGUUCAACCCCCGGUUCAACCUACCAGACCAGAAGUAUGCGACACGAAAUUCACAGCGGCCGCAUACAUCGGGGGAGUUCUUCACCUUUUCAGGAAUGACAGAGUUUGGCGAGUUCGAACCAACGGCGAGUUACUCUCACCGGUAGCUGGGGAUCUGGCCACUGAUUUCUUCUCAGGUCUGCCCAGCAAAGUCAGCGCCGCCUAUGAGCUCUCAUCGGGAGAAGCGGUCUUUGCCAGAGGGAAAAAGCUCUUCACGUACAGAGGCACUGAGCGAUCCGCACGGGAUGUCCUUCCCAAAGGCAUUCCUAAAGGACCCACAGGUGCUUUACACAUCACCUGGGAAAGGAAUACCUACUUCUUUAAAGGUUCAAAAGUGUACCUGUACAACGAAGCAACAGGGCUGGACAGCAGUUACCCUAGACCCAUCUCGGAGGUUUUCCCCGACGUCCCGACCAAACUAACUAAUGCAUUCUCAGAUGCGAGCGGUAACCAGUAUUUUGUCCGGUCAAAGAAGGUUUUCAAGAUCAGCUAUGGCCAGCAAUCUGUGGACAAUGGGUACCCCAAGUUCCUGACUGAGACCUUCAUUAACAUUUGCGCGCAGUAAACUUUACAUAAAAUAAAUAACAGUUCACAUCUUCAGUAACUUCAGAAACUGAUAAUUAUACAUGUAUAUAUUUUGUAAAGCUAUUGAUAUUUGUGACAAAGAAACUAACCAACAUCUAUUUAUAUCGUUAUGUUUAUCUAUUGUUAAUAUUUAGUAAAUAAUUCACAUGGACAAUUAGAAUGUUUAUUUAAGAAAAUGAUAUGAGAGUCAUUCAUAAUCAUUAACACGCUUAUCUCUUUUAUCGGAUUUGUUCCGAUAUAUUUCAACUCAGUACACAAAACUGAAUUUCUACGUGUAUAGUGGUAAAUAUUUGUCAUUUAUAAUUUUACAUGAAGACUGCUAAAUUAUGCAAUUUAAGGAAACGAAACGAAACGAAAAUCAAUAUCAUAUAUGAUUAUUAUUUUGUCAUCACCAUAACGUAUAUAUUUAAAAAAAAUUAUAUUUACGUUCUUUGUAAAUUAUGUGUGAGCCUUUAUUUUACAUGUGAUCGAAACAAAUAUCCAUGUUGAACGUACAUUGGACAAAUAAAUACAAUGAAUGAAUAAUAUAAAUUAUAUUUUAACAUUUUGCACAAAAGAUGUAUUCGUGCAACGUUAUGAUGAUAAGUACAAAACAUAAAAUAUGUUUUAUUGCAAUUAUACUUGACUCUAUCGCAUUGUUUCAUAAUUGUUGAUUACUAGAGAAUUAUAUGCAAAAAUGUAUGUCAUAAAACACAACUAAUGUAAAAUGUGAAGAGACGGACUAGGUAUGAAAUUAAAAUUGCCGGUAUUUAGGACAUUCACCAUCAAUCUGAAAAGUAUCACAGAAACUUUCGGUUAUUAAGAUAGGCUUUUUAAUUUUUUUCUUAUUAUAGUCAAUCUUGAGACAAAGUUGCAAAAAAAAACAUGCAUAAAGUUUAACAUAAUUGCAAAUCAGGUGUAACGUUUUUGUAAUAUAUACUUCCUGGUUAAAAUGAUAAACACUUAUUAUUUAGCCAGUACAUAUGAUAUAUAUAUAUAUAUGAAAUAUAUAACAAGGAAUAAUCUUAAAUUUGACAUGUCUUGUUGACAUUAUAAUAUUCAAAUAACAAUUCAUUUAAUUGAUGAGUGGCUUGUUAACCAACACAGUUAAAACUAUAAUUGAAAUACGGAUAAUGUAUUAAAGUUUUCAUUCAUAUCUGUUAUAUUACAGCAAAUGUUGUGUAUGAUAUGUAUUUAGAGUCACCUUUUUUUAAUAAAAAGGGGGAUAUAGAUUGAAUCGCUCAUAAUGCUAUGUGAUCCAUAAGAGACAGCAUGUGUUAUAGGAUGCAGCUGAAAUGGAUUACCCGUGUACUUGUCUCAAACUAUAUCACGUUUCUUUGUUGUUUUGAACAGUUAAGGUUUCACAUGAACGAUAAUUGUUAUUAAAAAUGCAUGUAAUAAAGACCACGAGGAAGUACAAGGAAUAAUA